UUUCCGUAUUUAAAGUAGUCCGGAGACGGUGGUUUGGUAACAGGUUUAUGGGAAAAGGGUACGAUGGUGUUGAUGAACGUCGGUCCGACAUAUACUGUUACUCAUGAUGGUAGCAGAUAUAUAUGUUACAGCAUUAGCGCUGACAGCGAUUCUUACAAUGUUUGCUUAUCAAAUGCCAUAGAUGUCUGGAGCACAAGAUUCACAAUUGACUCCUUGCUGGACCAUAAAAACAAACAUGACAUUGGCUGCUCCAAGGAAUAUGACACUAGAUUAAGAGAAGCAUUUGAGCACAAAGCUGUCAGCCUGAGUUUCCAGGACAGCAGGAGCACCCUGACAAUUGGCGAUGAUGCAAAGAAGUUAACCUUCAAUCUUUACAAGCUCCCACUGCUUGAAGCAAGAUAUGAACUGCAACUUCUCAUCUUUGGGUUGGCAGAUAAAGUCUGCAGUCUUGGAAAGGAACUCCAAGCUGCAGAGGGUGCUGCUGUCUGCAGUCCAGAGAAGAGCCAGCUUCCACCUCAGACGCUGACGCAGAGACUCUUCAUGCAAGAUGUUGAAAGUCGGAAGGUAAUGAGGAAUGCAGUUGGAGGAAUCCUUAAGAAGAGAAGUUCUGCGGAGUCGCUUAUUAACCCUGGCAGGAGAAAAAAACAAGCUCCAUCUGGUGUGGACUUUGAAGAUGCCUAAAAAAAUUGUAUCUCAGUAGAAAUGGAUGAAGUUGGUGAUGAUGUAUUUUCACAUUUUAACUCUAUUUUAAACAUAAUGUUGCUAUUUGCAAUAAUUUUAAGUAAUUUUUACAGUGAAAUUUGCACUUAGUUUGACUCCAGCAGAUGAAGAUUUGCUGAAGACAGCUGAUUUAACGAAAUGAAGAGAUAUUACCUCACUGGAUCUUUGGUAUUUUCUUUGUUAACUUGUAGUCCUGAAUUACUAGAGUACUGUGGCUGUCACAGUAUUCUAUGGAGUAACAGAUGUUUUGUGACUGCAGUACCUUAGUUUAAAUUUAAUAUAGCAUAUUUAUUGAAAUAUAAGCACAUUUUAGACCAUUAUGUCUUGCUUUAAUGAAGUGCAGUGAAAUGUCCUAAUGUGUCCUUGCUGAGAUGCAGACUGCAUGGUGUUCUAAUUUGUAUUCGUGCAUGUGGUGCCUGCUACGUGCUGCUACUCAGAGCUUAGGUGGUCAGAGUUUGGACUUUUGCAAGCAGCAUUUUGUCAUGUUGCAAUGAUAAUAUUGUCUACUGUGACACAACAAAACAUUUAAAUAUGAAUUGCCUGUUGGAUACAGAUAAAAUGCUGGGUUUGCUUUCUCUAAAGAUAACCUGACAGUGUACUUUUAGUUUAGAUUAAUGCAUAUUAACAGUUUAUUAUGUGAACUAUAAGGCAAAGUCUGUUCUUUCAUGUUAUUUAUUGAACAGGUAUUAAUAUUCUGAAGGUUAAGAAAUCAUUUCUUUUAAAGGUCAUAAUUGCAUGUAUUUUAAAUAUUACUGUAUAGAAUAAAUAGUGAUCACAGUUCUACUGUGAAUAAACAGAAGCAGCAGACUUGUUUACGACUACAGCCAAAUUGCAUUUUACCAUUGUGUUGCCUGCUGUUUAUUUUGUUAUAUGAAGCAAAUGUACUAUGUGUAGGUUUUAAUACAUAUUGUUAUUAAAGUUUUGACUCUAAA